GGCUACUCCGCACGGUAUCAAAAAUUUGACAAUCGAAGCCAUUCGUUUGCCGGGCCUUUCCACUCCACUCCACUCCACUCCACUCCACUCCACCACAGCAAGCAACAACUCGUCGUUGACGUCCCGCGAGUCCGCAAAGCACCACACCGUUGCAAAGCAAUACUUUGAUCGAACGCGAUUCGUUCCCAGCGCAACAGGUUUCUCAACGAUCGACCCCGGAACACCUUUGACCGGAACACGCCGUCGCCGCCGUUCGAAACGAAACGAAACGAAACCAAACCAAACCAAUGAGUCCGAUUGCGAGUGCGAGUGCGAGUUCGGGCACGGGUCCCGGCGAUGCCGCCGCCUGGGCAUCUCCCCAUAGACGCCGGAUCCGGCCGCGGCCACGAGAUCCCUCCCGGAGCGGGUCCCGCGGGCCCGGCCUAGUAGUGUCGGUGGUCCUUUUUCUGCUGGCCCUGUCGCGGCUGCAAGGGGCCGCCGGGGAGCAGCCGUCCCCGCGAAGCAGGCACCCAUCGACCGGGUGCAUUUCCUCGGGAACCGAGCUGCUGCGGGCCGUCACUGCGUACUACGAUCCGGAGGGGCAGGCGGUGGAUUCCUACGGGACCCCCAUCGAGGACUGGUGCCUCUCGCCGAGCGUCCUGGACGCCUUGUACCGGGAGGGCAGCGACCUGGAGACCCGCUUUUCCGCCACCUGGGAGGGCAUUGUCGAUUCGCACGGCGAAACCUUCGCCGGAGGCCUCACGGAAGGCUCGCUGGCUCUGGCGUGGCUGGGGGCUUCCACGAACGAGAACCACGUGUGCGCGGAUCUGUGCGCUCCCGCCGGGGAGGACGUACGAGUACCAGUACCAGUACCAGUACCCUUCGAUCCGGAGGAAGACGGAAUCCGGGACGAAGACGAAGCCGUUGGGAACGACCCGCACGAAGAUGCGGCGAGCGACAACGACCGCGACCAGGAAGAACCUCCGUCUCUUUCCGCUUCGGCAACCACGAKAAGCACGACUACCACGAGCAUGCUGGUUCGACUCAUUCCCGUGAAACUGGUGGCGGUUCUUUCGCUGAUGUGCCUGGCUCUUGGCCUGCGACAAAUGUAUUUUUCGGUCGAUAGCGACAGCCGCUGUUGGUGUUGCUGCAAGUGGUUCAGCUCGGUCUUUGGUUCGAGGUACGCUUCCUACGAAGGCAUCGAUCCGUCGGACGUUUCCGAACACCAGAAAAACGUCGAAUUCGAGCUCUUGGAGCUGGCUGCCGAGCUGGAUGCCGAGGUGGUCAUAUCCUAACACCAACGAAUCCAACCAAACAAAAAAGGUUUUCUCUCCUGCAGCCGUGGCGACCGUAGAACAACGCGAUGAGGCGCACGGAGUUCACUCUCUAUCUAGGGCAAAGAGAUGCACCUGGAUAUGGUGGAACAUUUGAUGAGAAAGAAUCCUGUGCGGCGGAAAGAGAUUGGGGUUCUACUCAAUGAACCAUGGUUCCGACAUUUUUGUGCGGCUGCUGGAUUUUGGUGCGAUUUCAUUCCAUUCCAUUCGAUUCGAUUCAAUUUGAUUCGGUGCACUCUUGAACACAAUCUGUCUGUCGUUGGUCACACGAUCUCCCAAGAAACAGAACACCAGCUUGCGACCGAUGCGCCGCUCGACCCGCCAAUUCCUGUUAUUGAGAAAGAUACGCCGGAGAAAGUUGCUUGGUGAUCUCAGUACCUCCGCGACGAAGAAGGAUGGUGUCGAAGUACGAUACAGGCACGUGACACAUUCCUUCAUUGUACUAAUACAGUCAUGGCUGCUUUGAUCUUGUAAAUUAAAUGAAUUUAUCUACC